CACGCACCAACGCAACAUGUCAGCAGAUCAAGACCUACGCAAGGGCUGCCACUCUUUGGUAACGGGCAUUCAUACUUCAUAUGGCUACGCUCCAACCACUUCUGCAGGCAUUGUAUUUUGUAUACUGUUCCGUCUCUCCACCAUUUCACACAUAAUUCAGCUUGGCCGAUCCAAAGUUUGGUGGUGUAUCGUCUUUGUUGUUGGUGGUCUGGUCGAAAUCAUCGGCUGGGCGGGCCGUACAUGGUCCUCUCAAUGUCCUUACAACUCUACGGCAUUUCUCAUGCAGAUCUCGACACUCAUCAUUGCCCCUGUUUUCUUCACUGCUGGUGUCUACAUUAUUCUUGGUCGUUUGAUCCAGGUCUUCGGCCGCAACUGCUCCAUUCUUCGACCGAGUCUAUAUCUUUGGAUAUUCUGUACUUGCGACGUGAUUUCUUUGGUCGUCCAGGCAGUUGGCGGCGGUCUGGCCUCAUCGGAAGUGAACAAGAUCAACGGUAACACAGAUCCAGGCACCAACAUCAUGGUUGCGGGAAUAGUCUUCCAACUGGCUUCCAUGAGCGUCUUUGUUGCUCUUGCAAUUGACUUUUUAAUUCGAUCCACCAGGCAAGGCAUCUUAAAAUCCCGAAAGCAGUCCUCCAUCCCCAUACUAAGUUCCAUGACGUUGUCGUUGUUAUGCAUCUAUCUGAGGAGCAUAUACCGCACUAUAGAGCUUUCACAGGGCUGGACGGGAUACCUUAUUACGCAUGAACGGUACUUUAUCACACUUGAUGGCGCCAUGAUGGUAAUCGCCGUUGGGGUUUUCAACUUUAUCCACCCCGCUACCUUUUUGCCUCGAUCCCCAGCAGAGGAUAAUGGGGAGUGGCUGGACAUAACUCGGCGGCCUGGAUCGAGAAAAUAG